UAAAAUCCCCCUCGAUAACCUCUUUGGUGUCUAUAAAAAUAGUUGUAGGAUAACCGGUCUGUGUGAUCUCGGAUAGAGGAAGAAACACUCAACUCAUCUUUAUUUCCCUUUUAGGUAUUGCAAAAGACACACAUCAGGAAUAAAUAUGCCUGGACUCAACUUGAACCCCACACAACAAGCCCAAUUGAAAGAGGCGUUCGUUAUCUUUGACACUGACCAGGACGGGAAAGUGGACAGGAGCCAGGCCACCCAGAUCAUCCGCUCUGUUGGCAUUUCACCCACAAACGACAACUUCUCUGACAUGUUGGGACAGAGCGAGCGUUUGUUCAGCAUGGAAGACCUGAAGCGUGUCAUUCAAACGAAGGCGCCAGCGUUGGAGACACGUGAAAGUCUCCUUGAUGCGUUCCGCAUCUUUGACAAAGAUGGUAAUGGCUACAUUGAUGCCAAAGAGUUACGUCACGUGCUUGUGCACCUGGGAGAGAAGCUGAAGGAUGACGAGGUGGACGAGAUGUACCGGGAGGUAGAUAUCACGGGAGAUAACCAGAUCAUGUAUGAGGAUAUUGUACGUGCCAUCGAAUCCUGCAUGAAUUGAGAGAGACAGAUGAUGUGAUCUGCCACCGACCAUCAAAAUAAUAUAUUAUCAUUCCAUGUUUGGUGGGGAAUAGCUGCAGUGGAGGAAUGGCUGGAAACCAGUUUUAAUUUCAUCUCAAAGGCUCUUUAAAAUACAUCUGCUGUCUUUUUAACCCCUCCAUGUUGUACAAACAAUGUGGUCUUAGGCAAAUCAGAGAGUCUGAGACUAAUGUUACCAGUGUUAAUUUAAUGCAACUGUGAACAUAGAAUUAACAAUUUUAAAUUAUGAAAUUAAAUCAUGCUGAUGCUGUAUCAUAUUUUUCUCAAAGUAACAUUUUUGUCCUUUAAUUUGUUGUUGUGUAACUAACAAAGUUGGACGAUCCUAAUAUGUAUACAUAAAACUGGCUUGCAGUGAUUCCCUCAGCUAGUUUUUGCUAGACUAUGUGUUUCUGUUCUGUUACAUGUAUUUAUAUAUUGUUCCUGAGUUGCCUGUAUUUUCAUACUUAAAAUCCAAGUUCUGUGUUGCAUAUAUCAUGUUAACUAUAAACAAUCAUUAAAAGCAAAAGAUACAGUUUUUAAUUUGUUAAAAUUAUUAACUGCAUUCACUAUAAUGUUCUUGGUAAAAGUUCAUCAAGAACCCUAGUUUCAUACCUAGGGUGUAAUCUCUGACCCUAAUAACUUGGGUAUUAUCUCUGACCCUAUUAGUAUUCUUGAUGAUUGUACCCCCUGGUGACCAAAAGAUAACCAUUUUUAGCCGGAUUUUUUAACGCGAAAUUACAGUUUAUAGAAUGGUGGGUGUGCUGGCCAUUUUUCAAGUUAUGGCGUAACAAUUCUGCAUUUUAAUUCCAUGUCAUAAAUUCAAUAGUUUUAUCCAAUUAUUAUGAAACUAGGUUCGAGUACUUUUCUGAAUGUUGUCUUCAACAAUUAUGAAUAUGUGUCACCUCAGGUCAAAAACUAGCUCACUAGGUCAAAUCUUAUAAAAAAAAUCCCCAUAAUACUUUUUUAAUAAUUUUUUCAUAAAUUUGGUCAGAAUAUUUAUGAAUACAGGACAUUUCUUUUUAACCUGUCGUUCAGCUUCAGUAUAAUCAAAACAAUAAAUGGUAGUAAAAAGCAAUUUCUAAUUAUUGCCCACUAAACAAACAUUCUAUUGAAAAAACGCCAUUGUCAAAAUAAAAUAUCCGGCUAUAAUGUGGCUUUCUUGUUAAGUUCAAACAUCAAUUUAUAAUGCUUUUAUUUUGUAUUUGUGAUUUCAUUUGUUCUAGCAAGCUUAAUGAAAAAAACUAGGAUGUUUAUAAUUUCUCUACAAAGGUUGUGAUAACAGUGUGAAAUAUUUAUUGAUGUACAUUUUCAUUAUUAUCGAUUGGUUCUUACAUUUCAUCGUAUUGAUGAUAGACUUACAUACGACUACUUGGCAUGAUAUUUGUGUUCAGAAAAGGGACUCGUAGAUUUUGUAUGUGUUACUGUGCAUUACGCCAUAAAGCGAACAAAAAUAGA